AUGACGCACGCGGCCUUUUGGCGCGCGGCUUUGCUCGCAGCGGGCUGUUUCUCCGCUGCGGAGGAGUUUGGCGAGGCUGUGGACCAGGACGCCUUGUCUCCGGCCCAGCUGACGGCCUUGUUCGCCCUGGUCUCCGAGUCCUCGCGCCCGGUGGCGCUGACGGGGCUGCUGGACUUUGCGGCCAAGGCGCGUGAGGGCCUGGCGCUGAAAGACUGCCAGCAGGCCAUGGAGGAGAUGGACCUGGACGGGGACGGCUUCGUGACCUUCGAGGAGGUGCACGGGGAUGAGGAGCCCGUGGACGAGGAGGACCGCAGAGAACUGGAGCAGCGCGCGAGCGAGGGCCGCCAAGCCUUUAAGGCGGCAGACGAGGAUGGCGAUGGCAAGCUCAGCUUGUCGGAGCUGCGGAGCCUCUUGUACCCGGAGACCCACCAGGAGGUGCUGCGGCUCACUGCACAGAGCGCGCUGCAGCGGAAGGACCUGGACGGUGACGGCGAGCUGAGCUUGCAGGAGUUCUGGGAGGGUGAUGUGGCCACAGGCGCGGAUGGCCAAGCACACGCGGAGGAGGAAGCGACCUUCAAGACGUUGGACAAAGAUUCCAACAGCAAGCUCAGCGUGGAAGAGCUGAAAGACUGGGAGUCUGGAGUUCACCACACGGAGGUUGCCAUGAAGGAGCUUCUGACGCUCUGCGAUGAGGACCACGAUGGACUCCUAAGCCUUGAGGAGCUGACGAAGCACCAUGCGAAGAUCUCCCACACGGAUGCGGCCUACCACCUGCUGGAAUGGGCUGAGCAUCACGAGCUCUGA